GAUUUAUUUUAAAUUGAAGAGACGAAUUCUAUAAAAAGUAAACAAAAUAACUCGCAAAAUAUAGUUUUUUUUGAGUAUAUAGUAUGUAAAGUUAAUGUUACUGUCUGUUAGACGUCUACAAAAAACAGCAUUUAAAUACCUAGCCGAGAGCAUUAUUUGAGUAUCUAACAACAUGUUGAAGCAUACGAGUAAUAAUAACAUAGUAGAGCUGCAAGAUCUUUUGGACAGUGACGACGAAUUACCAACCAAUUAUAAUGAGGAUCCCGAUCUACCUGCCUAUCUUGAUGACCAGCGGUUUGAUGCAAUACAAUUUAACUGGAUAAAGAACAACAAAACCAGAAGUAUUCCUGUCAAACCACCAGUCACUCCUGUCAAGCCAUCGGUCGCUCCAGUCAACGCUGUCACUCCAGUCACAACAUUGGCCACUCCAGCUUCCAUCCGACAGCCCUCCAACACCCACCAGCAGGAAAAUUUACCACUACCUAGCAAGGACCGCAGCAAUAAAAACUUGAUCAAAAAGGGGAUUCUAAAUGAAGAGGACAUCUUUUGUAUGAAGAGUGUGGCUGCUCAAACCACUGACGAAGAAGCAUUGUUGUGGUUCAUUGACUUCCUCAUGCACAAAGACUUGCAGGCGGAUUAUAGAUUUUUGAAAAGCUGCCUUGUUCACCAAGGAAACUAUGGGAGACCUAAAACACACUAUUCACAAAUAUAUUCUCCUAAAGGUUUGAAGAAUUGCUUUGAGUUAGUUGUAAAAUAAGCUUUUGAUAAAAGAUUUCUACUGUUUAUGCUAAUAUUGCUAGUUAUGUAUGAUAUAGGUAUUAAAUUUAAUUUACAUGCAAAUAA